AUGUCUUUGGUCGAGCAAGAGUAUGAGACCAGCACAGAGCAGUUGCUGCCCUCGCACCUCUACGUCCUCAUGCACGGCUUCAACUCACGCGCAGAGCACCUCAACUAUGUGGCCAAGGAGAUGGCGAACAGGCUUAGGCCGUCAGCUGCGGUCUACAGCUCGUUUUGCAAUGAAGCGAAGAUACCCAACUUCCUGUUCCAUCCGACGCAUGACGGGAUCGACAGUGGGGGGGGGGCGCCUUUCUACAGAGAUCCGACAAGUAUAUACUUCAGCUGGCGGAACUCCUCUUCCAGCCUCUACAUCCGCUUCGCUCGAAGGCUCUUUUACGAGCCGUCGACAGCUCAAGAAGAAGAAGAGAGGCAAGGGAGGAGGGGAGGCAGGGGAGGCAGGGGAGGCAGGGGAGGCAGGGGAGCAGGAGAGAGAAGAAGGUCUCGGAACGGGCUCAUUCCCCUGACGUACAUGACCACUGCCACUCCUCAUCUCAGCACGCAAGCGCUGCUGCCCAAGGCACUAGAAAAGAUGGUGACGGGGUUGGCGUUGUAUGGGGGAAGAAGUGCUAAACAGCUGUUGCUCGUGGACCUGGGUGAAAGAGUUGUGCAGUAUGCGAGCGGGCAGAGCGUAGAGGACAUGUGA